UUUGUAGUGUACCCCGUAUAGGUUGCAUGUGUUCAUGAGGUUUCCGCUCCAUGUGCUUUCGGAAAAUGUUUUAAUUACUCCGGUUUUUAAUAUAGCUAAUCAUGCAGAACGACGACGUCAUUUGGAGUAUCAUCAAAGGAAGUUUCUGCUCAUUUAAAAUCAACACAAAGUCCCAGCAGUUCUGCCGCAAUGACUACAACCUCACCGGCCUGUGCAACCGCGCGUCGUGCCCGUUGGCAAACUCCGUGUACGCCACGGUCAAAGAAGAAGACGGCGUCUGCUACCUCUACAUGAAGACGGCGGAGCGGGCAGCCUUCCCGAGCAGGCUGUGGGAAAAGGUGAAGCUCUCGAAAAACUUUGAGAAGGCACUGGAGCAGAUCAACCGCCACCUCAUCUACUGGCCGUCGUUCGUCCGGCAAAAAUGCAAGCAGCGGCUCCUCAAGAUCACGCAGUACAUCAUCCGCAUGCGGAAGAUGCGUCUUUCCAGGCAGAAGAAGCUAGUUCCGACUCAGCGCAAGAUAGAGCGGCGAGAGCGGCGCAGAGAAGAGAAAGCACUCAUAGCUGCUCGUCUGGACACAGCCAUUGAGAAAGAGCUGCUGGAACGACUCAAGCAGGGAACGUACAAGGACAUAUACAACUUCCCACAAAAGGCCUUCGACAACGUCCUGAAGGCAGAAGAGGUCGAGAGCGAGGUUGAGUCUGAAGAGGAGGAAGAAGUUGAAGAGGAUGUGGUAAGUAACGUAAAAGACACGGUGCAGUACGUGGCGGCCGACGACAUGGAGGAGAGCGACGUCUCCGACAUGGAAGACAUGGAGUUUUCAGAUGUGGAGUCCGGUGAGGAAGAGACAAGUAAGCCGGGUCCGUCGACACGCAGGAGAAAGCCGCACGUGGAAAUUGAGUACGAGCAGGACACACCUUCCACUUCCAAAAUAAAGGCAACCGACUUCUAAAGCUAGG